UCGGAGCGCGCACGAGACUGGAUGCGCGCGCAUUGUUCGAUUGUCGUUGCUUGCUCUCAGUUUCCCAGCGCGUUAUCUCUGUAGCGAUCCUGCUGCAUAUCGAUAUCGGGUAUUUAAUAAGAAGUUAGAGGACUGAAAUGAAUUAUGGUGAUUUAUAAAUCUCCGUAGAGGCGAACUAGGAAUGAUCCGCCGGUGCCCCAGUGGAUCUCGGUAAAUGGUUCUGAUCCUGUUGUGUUUACGUGUGCGUUACGAUGAGCUGGGCUGCCGAGGACUGGACCUCAGGGCUUUCUGGCCUGGUCCUGAAGAAAGUUCAAGAGCUUCAAGUGCACAAUGAGAAGCUAAUCCGAGAGAGACAGCAGAGACAGAUCCAGCUGGAUAAUUCAGAAGCAGCACUACACAAACAGAGGCAAAAGUAUGAAGAGGUGCGUGCAGAGCUGGGAGCAGUUCAGAGGGAGCUGGUGGGAGUGCGAGAGCAGGCGCAGGGAGAUGCACGGACAAGGGAUCGCCUGACCCAGGACCUACAGGCCAAAGUGGCUCAGGUGUGCACUCUAGAGGGUCAGCUGGAUUCAGCAAGAACACUCAUGCAGAACCUCACGCAGGAGGUUAAACGGCUUGAGGCAGAGCUGGAAAAGCUGCAAAAAGAAAGUGUCUCAGGGGACUCCUUGUUGUUUUCCACACCCUGCUGGAACAUGAACUCACCCUGGGACCAAAGCGGUAAAAGCAGUCUCAGAGGAGAGGAUGUCAGCAAAGCCCGACAACAGCUACUGUUUGGAGAUAACACCAAGCCCUCUGUGAGUAGCGUUUCAUCUCCGUUCCCUCAGCAACCACACAGAACGCCACCCCUCAGGUGCAAAAUCAACCAAUCGGAGACUCACCCCCCAUCCUCUGUGUUUCCGUGGGAACGGGAUGACACAAGGUCCACUCCCAGGGGCAAAGCAACAUCCACCCACACCUCGUCCCCCUUCACUUGCAGUGAUGUCAUCACUGACACCAGUGCACGGGAUGACGGGAUUGAGGAAGAACUGAGGAAGGAGAUAGAUGGGCUCCGUGGCCGUGUCUCUGGUUUGCAGCAGGAGCUGCAGCUGGAAAAAGAGCGCUGCAGGGAGUCUGAAUCUCGUCUUGCUCAAGCUCAGAAAGAGCUCAACUUGAACGAGCAGAACCUGACGCGCACCAGAGACGAGCUGACCCGUACACACACACGCCUAACACGGGAGGAGGACAGGACUCAGGCAGCUGAACAGCGGGUGAAGCAGCUACAGGAGGAGCUGAAGUGUCAGAGGCAGAAUGCGGAGACCAGCCGCUGCAAUGCUGAGCAACGCAGGAAAGAAAUGGAGAGGGAGCACCAGAGAGAGCUGCUGGAGCUGCAGAGAGAGAGGCAGUCUAUGGAGAAGCAGCACCAACAGGAGACUAACCGACUCAACCAAGAGAUCCAGCAAGCCAGGACACAACACAAUACACUACAGUCACAGUAUGAUAAACUGGCUCUGCAGAAGCAGGCUGUAGAGAGGGACCUGGAGGGAGUGCAGGGCAAGCUGAAGAGCACACAGAGUGAUCUAACAGAAAGCCAAAAGCGAGAGGCUCACACACAAGCUAAACUCACGGAGUCGCUGAAGGAAAACGAAGGAUUGAGUGUGUCACUGGAACAGUUGAGGAAGAAGGAGAAAAGCCUGGAGGCAGAGGUGAAGAGGCUUACUGAGGAGUUAGCGGAAGCACUGAAACUAAUUAAAGAGCUGCAGGCACAACUUGCAGCAGCAGCAGCUUCUCCACAAGGGGGAUCUCGUCCUGUUGCUGGGGACAGUUUCAGUCCUGUUCUGUCCACUUAUCCCAGUUACUCUCCACCUCACCAGCAUUCAUCCCAGAGAAAGAGAACACUCAAAACCGAGAGACCAAAAAUAUCAGACAGGCCAGGGCUCUUAACCCAUCCUUCCGAGAGAGAACCUGGCGAGGGGAUCGACUCGGAGCACAUUAUCGAGUUUGGCCCCGAGGACUCCCCCCAAGUGAGCAUCGGUGUACAAGAAGGGAAUCGGUAUGGAGCAGAAAGGUCUAGUGAGGCAGAGAUAGAGAGUUCCACUACCGAACAAGACACUGGGAUUGAAGAUACUGACACUGACACUGACUCGUACAUGUCUGAUUCAAUCAGUGAACAUAUGAUUAAAGACGAUAUCCGUUGUGAUUCAGGAAGCCAGAAGUUGAGUCAGGGACAGAAAUGGGACUCGUCUUCUAUUGUGGAGUUAAAGAAGGAGAAUUCAGCUCUCCGGAGUGAGCUCAGGGACAUCAAGCGUGAGUUAGAUCAACGUCUGGAUGACCUUGAAACUCAGAGGCGGGCAGAAACUGAGGCCAGGACCAAACUGAAGCAACUAAGCAAAAAGCACUCGAGUCAGGCCGAGCAGUAUCGCACAAAAACCCAGGAGCUUAAAGAGAAAGGAAGCAAAGUGGAGGCACAGCUGGAACAAGAGAGGAAGGAGAGUGCAAGACUCAGGGAAGUGGUAACAGCUUUGGACAAGGAGGCUGAAAAAAGAAAGGCGGAAGCUGAGAGAGAAGAGGAAGAAACCAAAGAGGAGACCUUUAAACUCCAAGAGACCCUGGCUCAGAUGAAGAGAAAGGAGGAACUUCUUGAAAAAGAGAGGGAGAAAUUGCACAAGGAACUAGAAGUGCUUCAGUCUGAGCUUUUGCAGGAACGUGAGGAGAGGGAGAGGGAGCGAGAGGAGGAGAAGAAACUACGCAAAACUUCUGAAGUGGAAGGACUAAAGAUUGCAGAACUUCAAGCAGAGUUGAACCGGCUACAAAGUCCUGCCGCAAUUGAAGACAAGAAUGUAAACAUCAACAUGCCUUUAACCUAUCUACAGCUCAGAAACCAACCCAACACCACAAACGAUAUUGCUGCAUUAGAAAAUGAGGUUACUACAUCUCUUGAUGCAAAUAUUGUCUUGCGUGAGUCGGUGAACUUUCAGAACACCAUGUUCUCCAAGGAACCAAAAACGGCCCUGAUUACAGAAUGUGGAACUGGAAUAAAACCUGGGGAGCACUUCCCAGUAGAACAGGACACUACUUCAACAGGAAAUCUGGAGGAUCACAUAAAGACCACAGCAGGCAUGAACUUGGACGACACUACCAUUUUGGUCUUGGAGGUGGAACGUAUGCGAGUACAGAGAGACAGGGAAGCAGAAAGGGCAAAAAAGUCACAGAAAAAGUUGGAGGCUCUUCAGAACCAGGUGACGAGUCAGACCCAGCAGCUAACUCUCGCAUUUGAGAAUCAGAGCAAGCACAUUGAAACCCUUUUAAUAGAACUACAACAAAGAGACAGCGCCCUCCAGAAGCAAGGAGAGGAACUACAGAGCUGUCUGAAAGAGCUUUCUGCACUCAAGAUGGAUAAACAGAUGACGGUCAUGGUGAACAGGAUGACCUCAAGGACUGAGACGUGUGCUGAGGUUUCUGCAGAGCCAUCUUGCAAUUUAGCUAUUAGCACUACUACUACUUCAAAUACCCAUGAAGUGGCCGAACAAGAAUCUUUUCACACUAUGAAAAACAAACCGCUACAGCCUGACGUUGCGCUACAGCCUGACAGUACUCUACAGUCGGAUGUCGCGCUACAGCCUGACAGUACUCUACAGUCUGGGGUCGCACUACAGUCUGACGUUGCGCUACAGCCUGACAGUACUCUACAGUCUGGGGUCGCGCUACAGUCUGACGUUGCGCUACAGCCUGACAGUACGCUACAGUCUGACGGUACGCUACAGUCUGACAAUACUCUACAGCAUGAUGUUGCGCUACAGCCUGACCGUAGUCUACAGUCUGGGGUCGCGCUACAGUCUGACGUUGCUCUACGGUCUCACGUUGCGCUACAAUCUGUCGUUGCACUACAGCCUGACAGUACUCUACAGCCUGAUGUCGUGCUACAGCCUGACAGUACUCUACAGUCUGGGGUCGCGCUACAGCCUGACGUUGCCCUACAGCCUGACAGUACGCUACAGCCUGACAGUACACUACAGUCUGGGGUCGCGCUACAGCCUGACGUUGCCCUACAGCCUGACAGUACGCUACAGCCUGACAGUACACUACAGUCUGGGGUCGCGCUACAGUCUGACGUUGCGCUACAGCCUGACGUUGCUCUGCAGCCUGACGUUGCGCUACAGUCUGACGUUGCGCUACAAUCUGAUGUUGUGCUACAGCCUGACGGCACGCUACAGUCUGACAGUACUCUACAGCCUGACGUUGCGCUACAGCCUGACAGUACUCUACAGUCUGGGGUCGCACUACAGUCUGACGUUGCGCUGCAGCCUGACGUUGCGCUGCAGUCUGACAGUACUCUACAGCCUGGCAUUGCGCUACAGCCUGACAGUACUCUACAGUCUGACGUUGCGCUACAGUCUGACGUUGCGCUACAAUCUGAUGUUGCGCUACAGCCUGAUGGCACGCUACAGUCUGACAGUACUCUACAGCCUGGCAUUGCGCUACAGCCUGACAGUACUCUACAGUCUAGGGUCGCGCUACAGUCUGACGUUGCGCUACAAUCUGACGUUGCGCUACAGCCUGACAGUACUCUACAGCCUGAUGUUGCGCUGCAGUCUGACAGUACUCUACAGCCUGGCGUUGCGCUACAGUCUGACAAUACUCUACAGCCUGGCGUUGCGCUACAGCCUGAUAGGACUCUACAGUCUGACAUUGCCCUGCAGUCUGACAGUACUCUACAGCCUGAUAGUACGCUACAGUCUGACGUUGCGCUACAGCCUGACAGUACUCUACAGCCUGACAUCGCGCUACAGCCUGACAGUACUCUACAGCCUGACAGUACUCUACAGCCUGAUAUCGCGCUACAGCCUGACAGUACUCUACAGCCUGACAGUACUCUACAGCCUGAUAUCGCGCUACAGCCUGACAGUACUCUACAGCUUGACAGUACUCUACAGCCUGACAUCGCGCUACAGCCUGACAGUACUCUACAUCCUGGCGUUGCGCUACAGCCUGACAGUACUCUACAGUCUGGGGUUGCGCUACAGUCUGACGUUGCGCUACAAUCUGACGUUGCGCUACAGCCUGACAGUACUCUACAGCCUGAUGUUGCACUGCAGUCUGACAGUACACUACAGCCUGACAGUACUUUACAGUCUGGGGUCACGCUACAGUCUGACGUUGCGCUACAACCUGACAGCACGCUACAGUCUGACAGUACUCUACAGUCUGACGUUGCGCUACAGCCUGACAGUACUCUACAGCCUGGCGUUGCGCUACAGCCUGACAGUACUCUACAGUCUGGGGUUGCGCUACAGUCUGACGUUGCGCUACAAUCUGACGUUGCGCUACAGCCUGACAGUAUUCUACAGCCUGAUGUUGCGCUGCAGUCUGACAGUACUCUACAGCCUGGCGUUGCGCUACAGCCUGGCGUUGCGCUACAGUCUGACGUUGCGCUACAGUCUGACAGUACUCUACAGCCUGGCAUUGUGCUACAGCCUGAUAGGACUCUACAGUCUGACGUUGCGCUGCAGUCUGACAGUACUCUACAGCCUCUUAGUACGCUACAGUCUGACGUUGCGCUACAGUCUGACAGUACUCUACAGCCUGACAUUGCGCUAAAGCCUGACAGUACGCUACAGCCUGACAGUACUUUACAGUCUGGGGUCAUGCUACAGUCUGACGUUGCGCUACAACCUGACGGCACGCUACAGUCUGACAGUACUCUACAGCCUGGCGUUGCGCUGCAGCCUGACAGUACUCUACAGCCUGGCGUUGCGCUGCAGCCUGACAGUACUCUACAGCCUGGCGUCGCGCUGCAGCCUGACAGUACUCUACAGCCUGGCGUUGCGCUGCAGCCUGACAGUACUUUACAGUCUGGGGUCACGCUACAGUCUGACGUCGUGCUACAACCUGACGUCGCGCUACAGCCUGACAGUACUCUACAGCCUGACAGUACUCUACAGCCUGACAGUACUCUACAGCCUGGCGUUGCGCUGCAGCCUGACAGUACUCUACAGCCUGGCGUUGCGCUGCAGCCUGACAGUACUCUACAGCCUGGUGUUGCGCUGCAGCCUGACAGUACUCUACAGCCUGGCGUUGCGCUGCAGCCUGGCAUUCCGCUGCAGUCUGAUGUCGUGCUGCAGUCUGAUGUCGUGCUGCAGUCCUUUACAAAUGUAGAAGUUGGAGAGGAUCAGUCUGGCAAUGUCUCUGCUGCUUCAGAUAAGACAAAUAUGAGUAAUAUGAGCUUAGCCUCCAAGGAGCAUGUGACGUUAACAUCCUCAAAUACCGAAAACACUACUGCAGAGGAACUACCAGAACUACUGACUACUGCUCAGCAAGACAAUGAUCAUGUGACUGAGACUAAUACAGAGAAUGCACAGUGCUCUGUUGAAUCUAGUUUCACAGACACAAAUGAGCUACCAGAGUAUUUACAGAAGCUUCUGGAACAUUCCACAGAUAACACGAGCGCACUAAAGAUGGUAAUAAACAAAUUGCAUGAAGCACAGAAUGAGCUGUCUGAGUUGAAGGCUAAACAUGACUGCUUGACUUUACAGCUGCAGGAAGUGUCCAGGCAGGAUUUCCUGUCCCUCAAGCAAGAACAUGAACAGCUGAAAUUAAAACUGAAGCUAAUUGAUAAUGAACCAGGUUUAUCAGAAACAUGUUUAAAACAAGAGGAGUCCAAUAAUUUGACAAACGCAGAUAUUGAGAGUGCACUAGUCACCGAUCUGGAGGAGAAGGUUGUAACUGGUGGGGGUUUUGAAGACAGCUGUCCAAAACGUGGAGAUGAACAUGAGAAGAGUGAAGAUGAGACCUGCACCUCAGCACAGGUUCACUCUCUUCAUGAACAGUUGCAGGCCCUGAAGAGUGAACUCCAGCUCCUUUCUGAGAAGACCAAAGACCAAGCUGAAGAGCUGCAGCUUUGGAGACUGUCUGCCACAAACCCUGAGGAGACACUGGAUCAGAAAAGCAACAGCAGUCCUAUAGUCGUCGUGCAAGAGGAGCAGCUAGUCCUGUCAUGCAGCCCCACUGCGCUACGCUCCCACAUCACACAGAGGAGUAGCGUGGUGCAGUAUGGAGAUCUUUCCCAGCCCAUAGGUUAUUCUGAACCUGGUACUGCAGACAUCCAAAGAGAUCCUCAGUCAUCAUCAGUAGAAAAGCGCACCGAGGACUGUCCAUCAAUUCUUAAAGCGAUGGAACUGACUGCUGAUGACAAUAGCGUGACGAACGAUCACCUAAAAAUGGAAAUCAAAACCAUGAAUGGCAAGAGGACGUCAGAGGACAAGUCUGGAGAAAUAGAAAACGCUGAUCGCAGGCAUGAUUUAACUCAUCAGAUCAAACAAACCGGACCGAGUGAGGAUCAGCACCUUGGAAUCCAGCCAUGUGAAAUCUCUUUCCAACCAGAAAGCAGAAAGGAGGAUUUAGCAGGAAAUGGACUGAAGACCAAAGUCAUAGAUCCCGAGCUCAAUAGAGAAUCAGCAGACAGGGAAGAUGCUUGUAUGUCUAGUCUCAAGCAUGAUGAAGUAAUGACUGCCACGCAAAGUGGUAAAGCUCAUAGAAACACGAGACACAUUCCAUCUCCAGACAGUCAGACUCCUGACUCUGUCCUAAGAGAGGAUAAUGCUGUGGACCAGCAAGAAAUAUCAGAGGUCACUGGGCUCACCGGCAGUAUAGACAAAGUGGGUACCAAAGAAGCAAAGAGUGUGUGCACGCAGACAGAAGAGUGUAACCGAGAGGAAGCGGAGGGCUUUGGAAGCCCCCAGCAGAGACCAGUUGUCCUCCAUGCUAGCACCCAGACCCAUGAUGAGCAGAUGGUUCAGAGUGAAAAAAAGGAGGAAGAGAGUGAUGAAUGCACUGAAUCGCCUCCCCUCUCUGCUGCACCUGCAUCAGAGACAGAAAGGCUCCUGUUUUCCGGCUCGUUCCCAAUCCCGGCCAAUCCAGUUCACCUGGCCGAGCGAAUUAGGCGCGGCCGUAGUCGCAUGUCUGCAGCAUAUGAUGACACAGAGUAUGAACCCUAUGGCCUGCCGGAGGUUGUCAUGAAAGGUUUUGCUGAUAUUCCCAGUGGUCCUGCUUGUCCGUAUGUCUUGCGCAGGGGACUUCUGGGAACAGAUGCUUUACCCAUCUCACUCAGAGAGCCUCUGCUCACAGAGGCUGAGGAAGACAUUGACCCAUAGUGAUCUCCUAUAGUGUGCACCAGGUUCACCGGGAAGAUUUAAAGCUGCCUGUUUCGUCUUGACUAUAAGUGGCCUCUACUCUUUAAAGGGAACUCUCGUGAUCGUUUUUGCCGAUUUCAGCCUCCUGGAGCACAAUGACGUUUUCACAGAUUGCGUUUCCAUCACUCUCACUAUCUGAAAAGCUAUUCCUUUGAAUCAGAUAUGUUUACAUUGUCUUGUGAUGCAUGCUAGCUUUCAUUUUGAAACACUUGAACUUUGUGAAUAUCUUUUUUUUUUUCCCUGUGGAAUUUUCUUUUUUGCACUACUAUAGAUUACUGAUUGAUUUGUUGUGAAUGUGGUACGUUACACACUUGAGAAACGCGUGUGUGUGAGAGAGAGAGGGUAAGCGUAUGACUCAGACCAACAUGAGCCUGUUUCCGCUCCAUGUAUGGUGAUUUGUGAAGUGUGCGCACACUCUCUCUGCAGUGCUUGGUUGAUCUUAGUUCAACUAGAGAUUUGUACAAUUUCCUUUCGUAUAAGAAAGGCUUAGAAAUAUCUUUUUUUUUUUUUUUAAUUGAGAUUAAUAUAUUUAAUAUCUUCAGUCUUUGUUAGAUAAAUUUGUGUUUUACACAUCAAGUAAACAAGGGACAUUUGUAAUGCUGACUGCUCAUUCUGAUAUUAAAUAUGUUUAGUUUACUUGGGACAUUUGGAAGGAGACGACUUUCUAAUGUGUAUAUUUUGUUUGAAGGACUGGUUACUUGUUUUGAGUUGGGGUUUCAGCCCCUCUAGUGAUUUGAGUUUUUGGUUAAUCUUAUUAAAGUUUGAAAUGUGGCAUUAAAAGUGCAA